AUGCCUCUGUUCCGCUUCCCAUCUGCCGAUUUCUGUUGCUCUCUUGCCUCUUGCUUCUUCGACGCGUGUGCUUUCUACCCAAUCGUCUGCGCUACUGCUACCAUCGUGGGUGUGUCUGCCGUUGGAUAUGCCAUAGGUCGCCCCGAUGACCAGUCCUCCCAACCGAACCUCCAGAAGAGGAAGUAUUCCUCCGAGCCGUUUCCCACCGUACGCCCAAGCGAAUCCAUGCCUCGAUAUUCCACAACAUUGAGCGUCCCCUCCACCCCGCUCGAGAAUCGACCUUCUCAGUUCACCGGUCGAGCCAGCGGCGACGUGCUACGGUCUCGCAAUGGUCGACGACUUACAACUGGGGGGGACGUGAUGGAUAUUGACGAACAUUCGGACUUCGGUUUUCGACACGACGUAGCUCAGAGGGAUCCCAGUGUGACGCUCCGAUCGAAGUCUUCCUGGAUCAAACGACUAUCAACGCUUUCCUCCAACCACUCCAGUCCCUUAGGGAGUCCCGCCACCGAAUCCCCUCCGAUUUCCUUCUCGAAUGGGUCCGCUGCUUUCUCCCACAGCGGCUCUACCGCUCCGAUCAUCGGCCAGUGCCCUCCCCCUCCGCUCCCCCCGAAUAAGCUGGUCAAGCGAUCGUCUUCGUUUCGUUUGUCGAAAGGACAGAUGCAGGAACACAUCCAAUCGCGGCGCCCCACCCUCAGACGGCCUGCUACCAGCCAUCAGCGGUCCGCCACAUUGCAGAUGCACUCGCAAUCAAGAGGUGUCUCCAUGGAUCGGGCUCGCGAUGUCCAGAUUCCGGUUCCCGUCGUGGAAUCCCCUCCCGAACCGUUGUACCAGCAAUAUUUCACCGCGAAGGUCUCCAAGGAUAACACGGUGUCGAAGAAGCGGUUCGGCGGCGAGAGAAGCGCUCGGAAGAUCUUUCCGGACGAUCGAUUUCGGCCCACUUUGAUCCUGGCAAAAUCCGUGAUGGCGUCGUCCAUCGAGGUGGAUGAGUCGCUAAGUCUGGCAGACGAUAGUGAUUUUGGUGGAAGCCGACCGAUAACUCCUUUGGGUUUGGGGUUUGGCCGUCCCUCUCCUUCAGAGUCCUUUGAUGGUUCGCGGGGUUCAUAUCAUCCUUCAGGCACUACCGACUCCCAACGAGACUUCCCUCCACCUGAAGAUACGUCCGCCUACCAACACAGACGCCGUUCCUUCUCCCUCGACAAAUUCCUUCCCAGCAGCUCAUCGUUCCGGAAACCACGUUCCUCCAAAUAUCUUGGUCGCAGCCGACUCACCCGCCGCAGCGAAAGCAGAGCCAUAUCUGCCCCGCUCCCCAGCACCCAGGAGACAUCCUCUUCUGAUCCUGACUCCGGGCGGCCCAUCAAGAAGAGGGACACCACGGACCCAACCAUCUUCAAGCGGGAGAUUUACACCUCUUCCAGCAACAGUGCUUCGAUAAACGACAUGAGCUCAUCUCAAUCCAAUCAUGUGGCAAACCCCUCGCAGAAACCGCUUUCACAUUCCGUGCACGGCCUCACACACAACCAUUCAUCACCACCACCCUAUCAAACCGGUACAACAUCAACCGACCUCGACCAUUUUCCACUCUCUCCAUCCACACAGGUGCCUGGACAUCGGCUCGUUCGAAAUUCCAUACCCCAAUCAGAACGCACCUCAACACUCGUCGGAUCGGACAGCGAACUACGGGGUGUGACACCAGCGGAAGAGGAGGAGACAGAUCUAGCAAGUGAAACGGUGUUCGAUUCCAUUAGAACUCGAGGGACUCGCAGCACGUCCGGUGCGAGAGGUCCAUCCAUCGACCAAAUCUUUGAUAUGCCACCGUCCUCCACCGUGAUGGCCAAACCAAGAUCCAAUUUCCUGCGAGAUAUGCUUCCGAAGGGCAUGGGAACCGAUCAAGAGAUGGAAUUGGUUGGUCCAGACAGUAUCACCGAAGAGGAAGAAAGUGUGUCGACAAAUGACGAAAUGGCCAUCGCAUCCGAUCUUGCUGAAGGCGGAUCGCCCACAACCGUUCGUGUUCGCAGCAAAUUGCAAAACCAACCUUUACGCAUCCCCUCGUCUCCACCUGAGGCUGCAAAGUCACUCAAUCUCGGUUCCUUGGAAUACGACAACUUCCAAGACCAGGAUGAUGAGAGCCGCUGGUCAAUGGGUGAACCGAGCAAUGAUUCUCCCAACAUCUCACUGGAAGACCUGAGCCUCAAUUUCGAUCAAGUCGAGCAAGUCGCCACUCCACUUUCCAUCCGUCGAAGUAGUCCACACCUUGUUGCAACCGGGUCGAGCUCGAGUCCGCCCGCCAUCACCCCCAAUCACCGUUACUCACAGCUUACAGAGCGUGAGCGGGACAGUCGAAGUAACUUGUUCGACUGGUCGGAGCACCCACACACGGACAAGAGCCCGGGUAACCGCACUCCACCGAGACCGCAGACCGUUCACGGAAAGAAGGACACCGAUUCUCGAGGAAGUCGAUCCAUUGGCAGAAGAGCUCCCAGCGCUCUGCACGCUCGAAGUCAGAGUGUUCCCGUGGUCCCCGACCCCGCCGGCAAGCGAGACACCGUUGUCAUGAAUAAGUUCGGAACUUGGGGCGUCGGCAGCAAAGGUGUCACGGAAGAUUGGGAUGAUGAUUUCGAUUUCACAAAUCCGAAUCAUGAAGCCGGCCAGAGUUCCACCGGAGGCGAGGAGAAACGGGUGGAUAGUGGCAUGGCGGUUGUGGUUCCUCAGAAUAUCCGCGACCAGCAAUUGAACGUCCUUGCCAACAUUGGUCUCUUGAAGGAAUGGGGGAUUAUAAUUGAAGAGCUUAAGGAUCUCAAAAUCCGUGCAGCACAACUUGGAGUCUUGGACGGGGUGGGCGCGGCAGUUUGGAAAGAGGUGGAUGCCAUGAUUGAUCUGGCCGACCAAGAAGCCGAAGAAGACACCGCUCCUCGAGUGACACCUCCUUCGUCUCCCGGAUUUGAUGCUGAUGCUUUCGAAGAAGAAGCUGGGCUUACGACUCCGGCACCAGUAAAUAAGAAUCGACGCACCAGGCGCUCCACCAGUGCUCGCUUUGACGGGCCCACCUCGGUCCCCCAAUCUUCCCCUCGGUCCCGCCGCAAAUCAGUUCUCCCCACCAACAGCGACAUAUUCUCCGAACCCGCCGCCACGUCUCCCCCUACCCAAAGCUUCGGUAUCCCGCGCACCCCAUCUGGUCAGCACGCUUCGAGCCGCACCACCCCGACCACCGUGACCACCCGACCUCGCAAAGACUCCGAAGCCAUCGCGCGUUCCGUCAUCGAAGCACUCCAGAAGCGGCCGAGCACGGUGUCGGAGCCGAUCACAUUCUCGCGGACCUCGAAAGAGAAGAAAGUGCCGUUCGACACGGCGACACUGAAGCACAUCGUGCCGUAUGUCAACGGCCUGGUCCGCAAAGUCCGAACACUCCUACGUGAUGUCGAGGGUCUUUCAAGUCCAGCUCUGGGUUUGCUUCAAUAUGACGCGAGCGGCCACGGUGGCAAGGCCAACGGCGUGAACGGUACUGACGACGGAAUACUCGGGCAGUGGGACAUCACCACCGACACGAUUUCUACCACAGGGGUGUUCGAUCCCGGCAAUACCAAGAGUGACCUGUUCGGCUCACCCACCAAGCGCGCCGGCUCCACCACGCCCUCGGGCAUCGGAUCGGCGACGGGAUCGCCGUCCUCGAGGAGAAAUCGCCGGACGCGGGCGAACAACGGGGGAGUGGUGCCGGAAGAAGGGGGGGCGAGGAGUGGUGCAGGCGUUGAUGAGUUGACCGGUCAGAUGAAACUGAUGACUGUUAUAUGA